AAGAAGUUGUUUUGAACGGGGGGAAUAAGUUUAUUAUGUAUGAUGGUGAUAAUGAUGAUUAGUAUGGCGGCGGCGGUAUUGGGUUUGGGUUAUGUUGGGAGGAAGCUGGUGAUGAUAUGGAAGAAGGCCGGUGGUCGGAAUAAUGUGAACCCGACAAACUGGCCGGUGGUCGGAAUGCUGCCGGGCAUCAUACAAAAUGUGAGCCGCAUCCACGAAUUUGUGGCGGAUAUUCUAAUAGAAAACGGCGGCACAUUCGAAAUGAAAGGGUCUUGGCUCUUUCCUAACCUCAACUUUUUCCUGACCUGCGACCCAGCAAACAUCAACCACAUCUUCUGCCAGAACUUUAAGAACUACCCACACGGCCCCCAUUUAAAGAGAAUCUUCGACGACGCUUUCGGGGAAGGGAUCAUCAACACCGACAAUGAGCUCUGGGAGCUUCACAGGAAGACCACGACUCCCAUCAUGAACAAUCUCAGGGCCCGCGCCCUCUUGGAGAAAAAGGUGGCUGAUAAGAUCCGGCACGGGCUGCUCCCGCUUCUCGAGCGUCACGUGCAGAAGCGGGACGCCUUGGAGAUGAAGCAGGUUUUCUGGCAGAUGACCUUUGACAUCGCCUGCAUCCACUUGCUGGACAAGGAUCCCUGCACCCUUGGCAUCACCAAGGAUGACGACAACCCAUUUCUCAAGGCGCUGCGGGAAGGGUUCAACGCUCUUCUGUACAGGAAUUUUCUCCCGGAGUGGAGUUGGAAGCUGCAGAAAUGGGUGUUUGGGGUUGAUAGAGAGGAGAAGCUGACUCGCGGCUGGAAGAUUUUUGACCACUUCAUAAACCCAAUCCUUUCCCACAGAAUACAGCAAAACCAGUUAAACAACAACGGAUCCAAUAGUAAUUUCAGCAUCUUGCUUUCGCACAUCAAUGCACACCAAGGAAUGAGUCCCCAAUUUCUAACAGAUACCGUCCGCACUUUGGUUCUUACUGGCUCAGAGAGUACAGGAAUAACACUCACUUGGUUGUUUUGGCUUCUUGCUAAGAACCCAUUGGUUGAAGCAAAGAUCUUAGAUGAGAUCCGUCGUCAUCAAAAGCAAAACGACCACAAGCAGGUUGGGAAACCAUCAGAUGGCGGCGACGGUAAUCAUAAGGAGCAAGAGGAGAUUAUUAUAUUCAAUGAAGAAGAAUGUCAGAAAUUAACCUACCUCCAUGCGGCUGUGUGUGAAUCCCUCAGAUUGUUUCCACCCCUACCUAUGAACCAUAAGGUGCCUACUGAGAGAGACAUUCUUCCCAGCGGGCAUGUCGUCACACCCAACACCAAAGUCAUAGUGUCUUACUAUGCCACGGGGAGGAUGGUUUCAGUGUGGGGAGAAGACUGCAUGGAGUUCAAGCCCGAGAGGUGGAUUUCACCCGCUGGCGGCGGAAUCCUCCACCAACCUUCCUACAAGUUCCCGGCCUUUGGCACCGGCCCCAGGAGUUGCAUUGGCAGGGAGAUGUCUUUCACAGUCAUCAAAAUGAUUGCAGCUACCAUACUAUGCCACUACCGGUAUGAGCUAGCACAACCAUGCUCUCCUCAUCAUCAACCUCAGACCUUUGAAUCCAUCGUUCUUGAUAUGAAGGAUGACCUCAAGGUCUUCUUCACCCAUCGCUAGUUACUUCCUUAGCAUAUACCC